AUGGAAGAGGUACGUGGAAUUGAGCGUGGCUCAUACAUAUGGGGCAGGAGCGUUCACAACAUCCGGAUUGAACGUCUUUGGGUGGAUGUGACAAACGGUUUAGGGCAGAAGUGGAAGGAAUUUUUCCAGACUCUUGAAGCCUACGACAACCUCAACAUGAACAAUGAUUCACACCUGUGGCUACUUCAUUUCCUAUUCCUCCCUUUGAUCAAUGAUGAUGCAAGCCAGUGGGCAGCCUCGUGGAAUCACCAUGUUCUUGGGCGUCGUGGAGAGCCCCAUCGGUCGCCCCAUGACAUGUUCAUCCAAGGUAUCAUUGAGCACGGGCAUCGAGGGGUAUUUGUUGAGUCGGCUGAGGACCAGGAGGUAGAAGAUAUUGUCAGCUAUGGCAUUGACUGGAACGACCUGGAUGACCAGCGUCUACUGGCUCAUCACAAUACUCAUAAUCCCGAGGACGGUGAUUCAACUAAUCCAUUUGUAUCAAAUCAUCCUGAUUCCGAUCUAUCCCAUGUUGAGGUUCCUGUGUCCCGUUGUCCAUUUACAGACGCUCAACUUCAGUCUUUUCUCUCUGAUGUCCAGCCACUUCUCGAUUCUAGUCUCUAUAUUGAUAUGCACUCACGCCGUCUACUUUGGAUUCAAACAUUAGCAUUAGCUUCUUCUAGAUCCGAGCCUAAUACUUGA